AUGGCGAACCAGGGCUAUGAUGUGGUAGUGGACGUUGACGCCGAGGGCGAUCUCGGCCAUACCGACCUCCAAGAAGACCUCGAAUUCCACCGUUCCAACUUCGAAAACGACCAACGCAACGCCAAAGCCCAACAAGACUCUGCCCCCUUCCUCGGCGGCGGUUCAUCGCGCGGCCGUGACCGAUCCCCCGGCGGUACCCCCUCCAAGCUCAACUGGUGGUCAAUCCACUACUACUCGCAAUUCUUCGAUGUAGACACGAACGAAGUCCUCCGCCGCUGCGUCGCAGCCAUCUACCCGCGUAGCAACUUCCUCGACGUCCUGGAAGGAAACCCGGACCUCUACGGACCCUUCUGGAUCGCAACCACCGUCGUCGUCAUCCUCUUCCUAACCGGUACCAUCUCGCAAUGGCUCUCCAACAAUGACGACGAGCACUUCGAAUACGACUUUACUUUGCUAUCCGGUGCCGCGGGCUUAGUUUACGGAUAUACAGGCAUCAUUCCCAUUGCGCUGUGGGGUGCGCUGAAGUGGUUCGGCAGCUCCAGCGCGGACUUGGUUGAGUCGUGGGCGCUCUAUGGGUACUCGAACCUGGUUUGGAUUGCGGUCGCACUGGUUAGCUGGAGUCCUUUGACGGCGUUGAACUGGGCUCUGGUGGGUGUUGGCUUCGGGUGGACGGUCUUCUUCCUCCUGCGCAAUCUGUACCCGGUGCUUAGUGCUACGGAUGCGAAGGCUAGUAAGAUCUUGCUGAUUCUGGUCAUUGUUCUGCAUGCUGGGUUUGCGUUGGCGAUUAAGAUCUUGUUCUUUGCACAUGGAAGUCCCGUUUCGAAGAAAAACAAGGACCACGAUGACGACGAUGACCACGACGACGACGACAAGCGACGGAUGUUUGGUGGUUGGUAG